UUCACGCACAGAAAUCAAAUUCGUGUUUAUAUAUCGCGAAGGACUUUGUGAAUGGUAGAGUCGUAUGUGGCCCAGACUGUUGGAAAAGAGUGAGGUUAUGUCUUCGGCAGCAGCAGACAGAAUACAAGUCCUCUGUAUUACUUUGGCUUCUUUUUUGAAUUGACGUGCUAUGGAUCAAACGUCGACCGGGCUGAAGAACUCCAAGGUUGCUCAAUCCCCAGAUAAUCCUAGCGAACUUCGAACGAAUCUGAUACGUCCGUGUGAAACGUACAAAGAUGAGUAUGAUGAAUGUCUGUCUUCAAAGGGUCGCCGACAGCAAAUUUUUGUUCAUGGUGAAGUUUUAGAUUGUGAGCAAUGGUCUAAGGACUUCAAAAAUUGCCAAAAAUGGACAUGGAAAAGUGAUGAAGAUGCUGCAAAAUCUAUCAUUGAAAGUGAAAUGCGAAGACUUGAUGACAGACUUAAGCCUCACCUUUUUAACCAGGUGUGGAAGAAGAGAGACAAGCCACCUGAAGACUGGAACAAACCACUACCUGAAUUUAUGGAACUUAAUAAGAACUCUUACCUAAACUUGAUUAAUGAAAAAGGGGAAGAAUCUGUUCAGCUUAGAAAUCAAUGUUCAAUACAAUAACAAUCUCUUCUAUUUGUAAACUUUGUUUGGUAGUGGAAUGGUGCCAGUUCAAGGGACAUCAGCAGAUUCCUGACAUCAGAAACUAAAUAGUGUAAAUAGUAAAAUUCUUCAUUCAGCAUUUUUCAGUGUGCAUGAUUAAUCCAUCACUGAAUUGUUAUGUUCUUCUCCAAUAAUAAUAAAAUAAUUUGGACAUAAUUACAA